AUGGUCUCAGAUUCGGAGGAUUCAAACUUGGAAUCAAACGAGUACACUAUUGAUGAUUAUUACCGGGUAUUGAAACUGCUAUGGGCCUACAAGAACAGUUCAUAUUUAAGCGAACACAAGCUACUACGGACCAUUGUUGACUUGAACUUGUCUCACUCGCUCUUGCUCAAAAACUUGCAACGACGAGAAUUGGACAUUCAGAACUUGAUAUCGACCAAGAUAAACUACGUUGAUAGUCUCAUCUUUGAAGUUGCCCCACAGCUACCACACAGUGACCACAAUGUUGCCAGCGCUAGCACUACUACUACUCAAACUAGCGAACCUUUAGCUGCAGGAGGAAACAAAGUACUACCUGCGGCAUCCAGUCCGCGAUACAGCGGAUGCUUUAGAAACAAAUAUAUCGAGCUUUGCCCCCAGUUGGCAGUUGCCGCCUACUUGUUCAGCAGAUUCCAUCUUCCGGACGAGUACGGCUCGUUUGAGUUCCCCUUUAGCGACUCGAGAAAUGUGCUAUCGUUGGAAAAUGUAAAGUUACUAAAAGGAAACAAUAGACUUUUGCCCAUAUCGUAUAGCCAGCAGCAUAAAUCUUGCAUUAGCGCGUUGACCAUGAGCGGCUUGAACUAUAAGGAAAUCAACUUGACCAAGCUCUUGUCUGCUCAUACUUUUGAUGUAAAGGGCAAGGUGCUCACAAUGCCCCUGAAGUCGAUCAACGAGCUACCAAAUAGCAUUAUCCUUCAAUUAGCCGGGUUUGAAAGCUUUCAAGAUUACAACAUCGACCGCAAUUCAAUCGAGCCGCCGCCGGAGUUGGUGCAGAAAAUAUUCCCAUUCAUUCUGGAGAUUAGUGAGGAAUCAAGCAGCAGUCAAGAUGACAAAAUGUCGAGAACCCGCAAUGUUCUAGAGAUGUUGCGGAGACUACUUUGUCAGGAUAUGCUUGUUUUGAAAAAAAGAUACCCGAAUAACCCAUUAUCCAAGAGUGAAAUUUUCAACUCACCCGAAUUUGAAGCUUUUAUGCAAAAAGUUGAAAAGGAAGGGUUGAUGGAACAAUUGAUGAGAAACUCUUGCUUCAACCCCACUGAUGACGAAACGGAAAGUGAUUACGAUGACAACUGGCCCUCGUCGUUUGACGUGGAUUCCAAAAUGGAGUUUCGCAAGCUUAUUGAGCUCCAAAACACAAAGAUAAACUUUUUGGAAGCGCAGUUGCAAAAGACGCAUCAAGAGCAGAGUCAAACUCAGGCCAGCCUAUCGAAGUUUAUCCAAAACCAAUUUGAAGUUUUCCAAAAACAGAGUGAAUACUUGCAAAAGAUCCAGAGCUCAGUUGAUGGAUUGUUCAUAUUAUUGUUGACUCAAAACAAGAACUCGUUACAAUUGGCUGAGCAAAAUAUUCGAGAAACGCAGGCAUUGAUCAACCAAGAGCAGCUGAAAAAUAUAUCUCUUGGCAUUGAAAACACUCGUGAGUUGCUAAACAGUUUUAACAAACAGCAGCAACAACAACAACAACAACAACAACAGCAACAACAACAACAACAACAGCAACAACAGCAUCAUCAACAUCAUCAUCAUCAGCAGCAGCAUCAGCAUCAGCAUCAAAAAGAGCAACUGCUGCAACAUCAUGAAGAAGAGGAUGAAGAAAUGGGCCAACGCGAGCAUCAAUCACAACAGCCGCUUAGGCGCACCGAGUCACAGCCUCCUCCGCAACAAGUUCCACCACAACCACCACAACCACCACAACCGCUGCUGCUGCUGCAACAAACACAUUCUCAAACUAGUUUGCAUUCACAGCAUCCAACUCCUCCUCGCCCAGGCAUCCUGCAACCCCCGCACAGAAAACUCCUGCUUUCGCAUCUGUUGCACACACAAAAGGAGUCACCGUCGUCUUUUUUUAGUCAAAUGUCAAGUCAACCAGAAACUUAUCCUCAACAAGGACACCUUUUUGGACCUAGACCAAGCGAGGGCCCUAGUUUCCCCUUUGCGCCUCUCCAGCACCAGCACCAGCACCAGCACCAACAGCGGCCACAAAGCUUUGCUCCCUUGCCUUCUACUGCAUACUAUGGCCCACAUACGAUCUCGUCGCCAGCAAUGGUGGCCCCGUUUCAUCCACCUCCCCACCACUCACCGCCGUCGUCGCUUAUACCGGCUCAACCACCACUUUCAACGGAUGCUCAUGCUCAACUGAACCCAGAGCAGCGGAAAACAGCAAGGGAGCUCACUUUGGAGAAAAGGUUAUCGCGACAGGCAACAACAUUGUACGAAAUGUGGGACGAUUACAAACGGUUGGACGAAGAACUUCGGACCCACGAUAUAUCGGUCACCGAGUGGUUAAAAGUACACGGGUCCUCCGAACGACAGUUCAGGCAUACCAGGUUGAAAAUCAUCAGAUUCAUUGAAGAAGAAGCGAGACGCCGUCAAGUCUCAGUGGAGAUUGUGAAGGAAAAACUCCAUGAUAAAAUGAGGAAUAGGCUGCGGCCCUGGACUCUUGACGAAGUGCAAAGAAUGUUGACUGCUCAUAAAACAAUAAAUUUAGACGACAAUAGAUGA